CUCCCUUUCCGGUGGACCUCGGACGCAUCCAUAUCAUUUCGAAACAUUUUCUGGUUUGUACUCUUGAAUGCUUCCUGUUUGUAUUAAAAUGCGGACCAGGCUCUGACGAUGUCGUCUAAAAUUUGGGUUUUGACACAAAUGGCUGGAAUAAUCCUCAGGAGAUGCGCGAGCGGGACUUUACUGUCACCAUCUGGUGCAAACGGCAUCCGAAUCAGAGGGACAAACCGGUACCACUGGACAUCUUUAAGAAGGACUGCCACUACUCUGACUGCCGGCGGAGCUGCUUUCCUCCUCGGGGUCCCCACCCUGUCCUGCCUGGGCUAUGAAGCGUAUCACAGAGGGCUAAGUCCAGCUGUGGUCCACGCUUUAGAGAAAGAGGAGGUCUUGGAGCAGGCGGACUACCUUUACAGCUGUGCCGAGACGGAGAAGCUGUACCAGCUGCUGCUGAAGUACAAGGACAGGCAAGGAGAGCUCUUCUCUCUCUUCAUGUUUCCUCUCUUUCUUCUCUUCUCACUAGAAAGUGUUGGGAUGAACCAUGUUUUGACCUUCUGUCCAAGAUGGACUACUGUACCAAAUAAUUCGGUGUUAUAUCAUGAGAGUUUUAUUAUCCAGGGAGAAUCUGUAUGUCUUCUCCCUCCUAGGUGCUUUGCUUUUGCUGAGCUGCCUUGGUAUCAACGCAAAGUGGCGGCGGUCAUUUUUUCAUCGCCGCCGACGUCCACAUACGAGGAGGCUCUGGGAUUCUUUCUGAAAGCUGAAGAAGUGGAUCCAGACUUCUAUAGUAAAAACCUGCUAAUGCUCGGAAAAACCUACAUGGGCAUGAAGGACAAACAGAAAGCUCUGUUCUAUCUGACCAAAGCGAAAGAGUACCCUGCUCACACUCUGGAAGACAAAGCGGUCCAUAAAGAGGCUGUAGACCUCUUAAAGAAACUAGGAUGAAGCCGUUAUUACCACUGAGUGGAACACAACGCCGUAGGGGACUUUUGGACUCUUUGCAAGAGAAUGCCGUUUUAACAUCUGAUUCUGUAAUUAUUAAUACAAUAGAACACUUUUUGUAAUCAUUCAGCUUUUAGUUAAAUUAAAACUACACAAUGCAGUAUUUGCUCUUACUGUAGUAGAGAGGA